GAAUCCUUCAAAAUUGAGUAAUUCAGAGUUAGGAAAUUUCGAUAAAUAUAUAGAAGAUCUAUAUAGUGGCAAAUUAUUAAGUGAAAAUGAUAUAAGGCUAUUAUGUCAAAAAGUGUUUUUAUUUGUAUUAUUGACAAGGCAAAAGAAAUUUUAGUUGAAGAACCAAACAUCGUUUAAGUAAGAGCCCCAUUAACUAUAUGCGGAGAUGUGCAUGGUUAAUUUCACGACUUAAUUGAAUUGUUUAGCAUUGGAGGUAGAUUGCCAGUAAUUUUAAGUAUAUUAUGAAAGGACACAAAUUAUCUCUUUUUAGGAGAUUAUGUUGAUCGAGGUUCUCAAAGCGUAGAAACUUUUAGUCUCAUUCUUUGUCUUAAAGUUCGUUAUAGAGAUAGAUUAACUAUCUUAAGAGGUAAUAAUUUAAUUAAAUACAAAAGGCAAUCAUGAAAAUAGAGAAAUCAACAAAAUAUAUGGGUUUUAUGAUGAAUGUUAGCGUAAGUAUGGAAAUGAAAUAGUUUGGAAACAUUUUGCUGAUCUUUUUGGAUAUCUUCCUUUAGUGGCUAUAGUUGAAAAUAGUGUAAAUAAGAGAUUUUAAUGCUUAGUUGUUUUGCACUCAUGGUGGGUUAUCUCCAGCAGUUGAAACGGUUGAUCAGAUAAAAUUAUUAAAUAGAAUUUAAGAUAUACCUCAUGAAGGAGCAAUUUGUGAUUUAUUAUGGAGUGAUCCUGAAGAAACUAAAACAGGAUGGGGUGUUUCACCAAGAGGAGCAGGAUGGACAUGGGGUUAAGAUAUAACAGAUAAAUUUCUACAUAGGAAUAAAUUAAAAAUGGUUGUUAGAGCUCAUUAAUUGGUGAUGGAAGGAUUUUAACAAGUACAUUAAAAAAAAACAGUCACUAUUUUCUCAGCUCCCAAUUAUUGCUAUAGAUGUGGCAAUUAAGCUUGUAUUUUAGAAGUUGAUGAUCAACUUAAAAUGAGCUUGUAAUUAUAUUCAAUUUUAUUAUAGUUCUCAAUUUGAACCUGCACCUAGAGAAAAUGAACCUUAAACUACACGCAGAGUACCAGAGUACUUUCUAUGA